AUCCAUAUGAGUUUUCUGUAUUUUAUAGCAUUCCAGAUAACAUUUGAGUAAAACUUAGUUUUGUUAGGUAUUGACUUUUAGAACCAGUGAAAAAACCAAGACCAGACUAAUUCCCAAACAAUCCAGGUUUUCUAUUCCCCCACGUCUAGAAAGCCUAAAAUGAAAAGUCUUUGCAGCAUUUUUGUGAGAAUAUUCCUCUGCUUUCCUGUCAUGAAUUUUUUAAAUUCUUGAAACAAUCUGAAAUUUGUAUUAUUAUCAGUACUUCAGAUACUCUGUCUCAGGCAAAGAAGCCCAAUCAUUCUUUCAUUUUAUUCUAUUCUCUGUAGAGAAAGCAAAGGCAAAGGCCAUGUUAAUAUGGGCAGAAACAUAUCUAGACCUGGUGCUGGUUCCAUCAGGCCUUCUCUUCCUUGGAGUAUAUCAUCUCUACCUCUUGUAUAGAAUUCUCAAGUAUCCCCAUUCAACUGCCAUAGGAUUCGACAAUGACAAGAAAAAGAUUUGGGUACACAAGAUGAUGGAGGACAUUCCUAGAAACACAGAAAUAGCACUUCAAGUGAUCUCAAGCAACAUAUCAGCUGCCACAUAUCUGGCAGCACUUUCCAUUUCUCUGAGUUCACUGAUUGGCACCAUUGUGGGUAGCAGCACAACAAACAGUCAAUCCAAAAUUCUGGCGGAUGAAAUAAUCUAUGGAGACAGAAGUACUUCAGUUGGGUCUAUUAAAUACGCAAGCCUUCUGCUCUGUUUUUUAAUAGCCUUCAUGUCUCAAGUGCAGUGCAUUCGUUAUUUUACUCAUGUCAAUUUUCUGAUCAGCACUCCAGGUUCCAGUGUGCCUGCACAUUAUGUAGAGGAUGCUGUAAUCAGAGGGAGUAAUUUCUGGGCACUAGGACUCAGAGCUUAUUACUUUGCAUUUCCUCUGCUGUUAUGGGUAUUUGGUCCCAUACCCAUGUUUAGUUGCUCCUUGGGAAUGGUCUGCUUCUUAUAUUUUCUUGAUUCCAAGGAUAAUCCAAUCCCACCAUUGGGGGUUAAGGAGCAGAAAACUGGGUUAGUUGCAGAGACUAAGCGAAGAAACCAGAGAGGUCCGGUGAUCGAAUCUAGCAAUGGCCACUCGACACUUGCCAGUUUCAUGAUGACCCAAAUGGUAUCGCCACAGUUGCAGGUGGGGUAGAUAAAUUCGUGGCUUCCUUCAAAGGAUCUGCCAAGGACACAAUUUUUUCUUUCGUUGUGGAUUAUAAGUACUCAUAAUUUAUGAUUUGAAUUCAUACCAUUUUGAGGGCUCACAUAUAUCUCAUCUUUAACAUGAAUCUUCAUCAAGAAAUUUUUUUCUUUACCAACUAAAUUGUGCUUGUUGAUUUAACGUGUACGUAAGCAAAUGAAGUUUGUGAUU